UGCUCCUGGAGUGGUAACGGGAGCAGGGACCGGAGUGGGAGGAGCAAGUGGUGGUGGUCUUGUGGGUAUGGGAGACGUGCUGCCACCAAAGAGGCAAGCCGUUGUUGACAGACUUCGACGUCGAAUCGAGAAUUACAGGAGACGUCAGAGUGAUUGCAUACCGCGGUUCGAUCAAUCUUUCAACGGAAUUUGCGAGCAGAAUAUUCAAGAGACUCUGGUGCUGAAGCAAAGGUUCCUGGAGUCGAAAGCGAAGCGGGCGGCCAAGAAGACGGACAGGAAACAGGACGGCGCCAACAACCUGCACACGCAGCAAAAAUUCCUGAAACGGACAGCUGAAGAACUGGAACCCCCUGGAGGUUCUGCAGAUGCUUUCGAACCGCCAGCAAAGAUCCAAUGCACAGGACCCGGUGGCCAGCAGAGGCCCUCAGGAGGCCCUCAGCAGCAACAGUCAACGGAGAACCUAACCAAAUUCUCUGUGGAGAUCGUGCAACAGCUGGAGUUCACGACGUCGGCGGCCAACUCUCAACCGCAGCAGAUCUCCACUAACGUGACGGUGAAAGCUCUCACCAACGCGUCUGUUAAGAGCGAUGUGGCGUCUCCGAAAUCGGGACCUGGAACGCCGGCCUCUACCGUUGGAGGGCGUGCCAGUGCGGGUGGAACGACGACUCCGGGAGGCGGAGGAUCGUGUGUUGACAUCGGUAACCUUGUGGAGUGUAAGCAGGAGCCAGACAGCGAGUUCGUGGACCUUGAACAGUGUGCGGCUGCCCUUGAGAAAGACGCAGCGGCAAACGGGGCAAGUUUCCCCGGAUUCUCGGACCUCAUCGGUGACGAUACUAGCGACGAAAUUAUUACCUCUGACGCGUUCAAAGAUCUCAUAUCCGAAAUCUCAGACUUUCAUCCGGAAUUUAUGAAAGACUUUGACUUUGAGGAUAAGACUGUGGACGGUUUGACGAACAGUACUAGUGCUAGUGGUGUGUGCCACCCUCCGCAAGUGGGGUCAGGGGGACAGUUGAAAGCAGAAGACGACAAAGAACUGCAUCAUCCGCAACACCUGAUAGACGUAGGCAAACACAACAGCCCCAGCCCUCUGAUGACAGGGAACCCCCAGUACUCACCCCAGCCCGUAUACGACCCGCAGUCGCUGUCGAAGGCGCGCAUGGCCCCAUAUCCACCCGGUCUGGCGGAGCUCAGUCCAGCUGCACAGACCCUGAAGCAGAUGGCCGAACAACACCAGCACAAAACCCAGCUCGGCAUGAGCUUUAAUCCAGCUGCCACCGCCAGAAAUGUCAGGUCUCCGUACGGCGAGUUUCAGUUCCCGUCAUCGGCCGGCAGUCCGGGUUCUGGGGGCGCUGGAAGCAACGCUGGGGCACCGUCGUACCUGAACAAACAGGUGCCGGGUUCGGGCGGGGGAAACAGUUUCGUGAACAGCGGUUCGCAGUCCGAGCAGGUGAUGUUCAGUGCCACCCAGACCGCCUUUACAAACAGCGGCCGUCAGGUCUUGCAACAGCAACAGCCGCAGAACUCAAACAAGCAAGCGGGUGCCGGUGGUAACACGAUGAUGGGCACGGGGUAUAGCAACGCCCCCAAACAGCAGUACUCGCCUUACGGUAGCCCCGGUCCGCUGCCGAAUCACGGGAGCCCUCAAUAUCUGCCUCGUAGCCAGGCUCCACAAACAACACAGCAUGUAGGGCAGUACAACAGUUCCACCCCACCGAGACCUCCGUCCUGUCCGGGUACAGGAGGCCUUCAGAUCAACCAGGCGCAGCAGAUGCAGAUCAACCAGCAGGGGCAGCAGAUACAGGUGACCGCAGGCCAACAUAUGCAGCUGACUGCAGACCUUAAGCCAGGUGUAUCAGUAGGAGCCCAGCAGGGGAUGUACUUCAGCCAGCAGCAACCAACGCCAUCUCAACCACCUGCCCCGCCAGGACCUGGGGACUCCUACACCGUGUCACAGUCUCAGACCAUCAAUUUCACGCAGCAGAGUCUACGGCAGCGUCCGGGCAGUGCAGGAGGGCGUCCAAAUGUCGAUCCCACAGUCGGGACCAGACAAGCCCUGGAACAACAACAUAAGCUGAUACAGCAGCAGCAAAUGUUAAGGGCUCAACAGCAAGUUCUUCAGCAGCAGCAAUCGCAUAUGACAAGCAUGGGUCCACGCCCACCUCCUCCUGAGUACAAAUCUAACCCACAGCUUAUGCUUAUGGGACAGCAACAGCAGAGGUUUACGGCGGCAAACAUCAGAAGAGUUGGACAACAGCCAAUGCCACCUUCAGGUCCGAUGAUGAGACCGCAGCAGCAGCAGCAGCAGCAGCAGGCGCUUCAUGGUGGCGGAGGCAGUAUGUAUAUUGGAGGACCCACCGGAGUUGUGCAGCAUCAACACCAUCUACCCCAACACAGGAUGACAGGCACCUAUGUGACGUCGGGCGGACGUAACAACCAGCGGCCACCCAACAUCAGCAUCGGGCCCGACGGGAUCAACAUCGGCGGCCGUGGCAGCGCUGAAUGGAGACAUCUGCUUAUGUCACAACAGCAGAAUGCGGUGUUUGGGACGCAGAUGCGGCCGGUGUUCAAUCAGGGUUCAUUUGGAAUGGGGAGUGGCCAAGGGGGCUUGCAGAUGUCAGCAGCACAACAAAUGCAGCAUCAGCAGCUAGUCCGUAACCAGGCGCUCUCAGGAUCACCUGUAAACCAGAUGCAGAUGUUAUCACAACAACAGUCUUUGGGUCUCCAACAAUCUUCACCAACUGCUCAGGGCAUGACCAAUGCAACACAGAUGUCAAUGAGCCUUCAGAUGUCACAGUCAAUGUCGGUGACUGGAGGAGGGGCGGGCUCGCCUCAUCAUCCGCAGCAGCAGCCGCCACCCCAACAGUCCAUUGUUAGCUAUGGUGGAAGUCCUGUUGGGGCAGGGGGAGGGAACCCGGGGCCACCACCUCAGCAACAGCAGCACCCUCCACCCACAUCCACCUCUUCAGUUUCGCAACCUGCACCGCCUCCUCCAGACUUUAGUCUCGAAUUCCUUGAACAUUUGCCGACUGGAGAUUCAAGUCAUUUCUCAGCAGCUGCUCAGGAGUUACUUAAUUCACUGGAUUCAGCCUCUACAUUCAAUCUGGACAUCCUCUAAAACAAAAGAAAGUUCUGUCUGAAAUAUGGUAUGAAAUUUGAGAUAGCCAUUCCACUGUUAAGUAUUGUUUGAAAAUAUUCUCGUGAAUGUGUACAUUAAAAAUAAGGAUGAACGUCUGGAGGGCUGUUAGAAUAAUGGCAUCUUGAAAUGUUUGACUUUCGGGUUACGAGCCACAUCAGGUGGCUGAAUGGUAAAUAAACUGUAUCUUCUGCCAACAUUUUGAGAGCACAAAACAUUGGCAGAAGAUAUGGCUUAUUCACCAUUCAGCCACCUGACAUGGCUAGUAACCCGAAAGUCUUUCAUCAAGUAUACUUUUGUAUAUCCUUCUACUGAUGUCUCCCUUAUACACACUAUUUCAUAACUUUGUGUUGUAUAAUUUUGUAGCUUCAUGGUAAAAAUUUUGUUGGCAAGAAGUGAUCACACUGUGCCGUCAGGGAAAGGUGUAAUGCCUGAGAAAAUUUAACAUGGCAUUUAAUUCUCCAGAUGAUUAAACAGUUCAUUUGUUCCCAUGAAAGGAAUUCCACUUGUAGUUUGUUUAGCUAGCAUUUUUUAAAAAAAUUAAUGUUAUUGAAAUUAUUAAAACACUUGGGUUAACUAAAUUCUUGGAUUAAGGACAGGUUAAAACGGGGAAGAGGCACCUACUUAGUUGGGUCCUAUAAAAAGAGCCAACCUCAAUCACUGGACCUGAGGACGGAAGCAGAUCCAGGUUCCGAAACAGUGUUUUUUAUCAAAAACAUGGACGAUGGACAUAGUCCAAGAAUUUAGUGAUCUCGAUUGUAACACACCAUUGUCAGAACCCUUUAAACCAACUUAUUAGAACACUUGUUAGGAGAGGUUUUAUGUGAUACUUUUUCCUGGGUUUUUGAAAAAUUUAAACAAACUAAAACUCAAUUGUGUUCAAUAUUUGGUUUUUCACUGUAUGUUUAUUUUUAUUUGGGUUUUGUUUGUUUUAAUAUUCCAAUUAGAGACAAGUUCAGUAAGUGGUGGAGGAUGGAUGACAAGGAUUAUGAAAGUUAUAUUUGAAUUUACACUGUCUAAAGGACAUAAAGAUGUAGAAGAAGGUGACAUGGAUUUUUGUUCACUAAUUUUUUCAGUAAAAUAUGGAUUAAUUAUACGUGGAAUUCCUUUGAUGAGAGAGUGAAUGCAUUAUAACAUCAGCAUCUUACUCAGCCAAGUUAUUACAUAAGCUGAGAAAGCUGUGGUAUUAUUUCACUGAAGAAUUGACCAUAGUAGAGAUAAGUGUCUUUUCCUCAUGCAAGUAACUUUCUUCAAAGAACAUUACCGGAUUUUUCCUAAAAACAAAUAGGUUGUUGUUGGUUGGUUAGUUUUUUUCUUUCUUUAUUCCCCCCCCCCCCUUUUUUCUCUUUUUUUGUUCUGUGAUUUAAUUUAACAUCUAAUAAAUGGGGAUGGGAUAUUUCAAAGUACAUACUAUUGGUAUAGCAGCCAGAUUUUAAUAUGGGGAAUGAAAAUAAUAUUGAGAAAAUACUUUUAUAUGUGGAAAUGUCAGGGCUAAAUUAUCAUAGUAAAAUAUUCUUUUAUGAAAAUUCCAUAGUGCUAUAGUUUAGUUGUGUUUUUUUAAAAAAAAAAUAGGUUCUAGGUUCAUAAGUUAAAUUAAAUUAAAUACUGAGUGUAUAUACAUCAAAAUUUGCAGUAUGCAUUUUGUUUCAUAUGUUGGGAUGGUUUAGAAAUUCACCUCUUUUUGGAAAAUAUGAAAAAACAGUCAAUACAAAACGUAGUUUGCACUUUCAGUACUGAAAUAUUGUAGUAAUUUGUUUCUUAUCCCUGAAUACACAUGUCACUGUAAGCAGCUGGCCAAUUUCUGAUGUGUUAAGCUUUAAGAAGUCAGGAAUAUAUUUUUGGUGUUUAAUUUUGCUGCCAGGAUAUUAAAAUGUAACUAUUCAGAAUUGUUAGAUCCUACAUGUAAAAAAGUAAUUUUUUUGUCUAUUUCAUUAUCUUUGGCUAAGUGAGUAGCUAUUCGCCAUUCAGUUGCUUCAUCAUUGGAGACCAUGUUCUGACCGUAGUCUUCAACAAUAGCUGGUGUACGAGCUCUCCCACACUCAUCACACAAACUUCAUUCUGUUAGUUGUCGUGCACAUUUAUCGGAAUGUGCACGCCGUGUUCUCCUUUCCAAAUUAGACACCUCUGACUCUAGCACAUGUGUCACCGUUCUGAUUUUGUGUCUUACUGUCGUAAUUUUUUGGCGUCACUUUAUGAUUCUGUCUGCCAUUUCUGUAAGAAUUUGUCGGUUUAAAGUUUUUGGCCAAACUCUUCCAUGUGUAGCUAUCAUCAUCUUUGUUGAACUUUGCCUGUCUUUUCCAAGUACAUGCUUAUGUCAUAAGUGUAGGCAGUCAUAUAUCACAGUUUGUGAAUCUUUAUACCAAAGCAUUUGUGUUUCCUAAGAAUGCAUUGCUCGAAAAUAAUAAUCCCUCUGAGCACCACUUUGUUCACUGCUAAAUGUUCAAAUAAAUUGUAAAAUUUAGAAUAGCUGUAAAUGUGCAUACAAAAGAGUGAUCUUAUUUUUCAGAGUCUGUUACAGUUCUUGUUAGUGGUGUCUUGUUGAUUCAUAUUUUCACAAAAAUGUAGAAAUAUCAAAUGAAAAAUUUAUUGUUUCAUCAUGUUACUAUAAAAUGUAAUUUAGAACCGUUUAAAAGUUGACCUGUAAUAUUUGAAUGUGUCCCACACAUCGUGUCCCAUUUUGUAUGAUAAAAGCUAAAAAUUAAAUGCAUCUCCUCACGUCAGGAAUUCUUGAGUGCCCCGUUGUUACUGUUAAGUGUAACUAAAUACUGGUUGUAGUAAUAGUCUUUGUCACCAACAGCUGGAUCAUGUCUAUGAAAAAGAGAUAAAAGAUGGUAAUUAGUGAAGAAUCCUUUUUCACAUAGGAUUCUUCGUAUAUCUUCAAUCCGCUUAGAAUUCCAAUGAAAGAGUGAAUACGACCAUAAUUUCAUGGAUGUAGUGGUCUUGACCAAAUAUUCCCUCAGAUUUCAGUCACAUUUUUAUUACUUGCUGCCACAGUGUCUUCAUGAAACUCACUUUAACAGCUAGAUAAGAUUCCUUCAUCAUUUUAUAUUCUGUUUCUCCAAACUUCUGCCAUUAUGAAAGGAAAAUUGUAUCUUGUUAAGAGAAAUAGUUUUCUGUUGGUUCCCACUAUGCGAGUUUCUGUUUACAAAUCUUCUGAUGGUGCUCUGGUCUACCAAUCCGGAAAUUUUCUCACUAACAUCAAGCUUUUCAGGGCUGAUAAUUAUAAUAAGUUACAGCUGGUAAGCAUAAUGGAAUAAUGUACAAAGCAGUAAAAAUUAGUGUCAUUAAUUCCUAUAAAAUAACCCUAAAUGAACAGUGUGCAAGGGUAACAUGUCCAGCUGGAUGUAUGCGUAAUAGUGCAGUGCAUCUAUAAUUAAGUUUAGAGGAAUGUGACAGAAAAAUUUAUGAAUAAGCAGUAAUUCUAAGCAUGUAAGGCUGAUUUCAAUCCUACAUUAUGGCAGUGGAAUGUUGUUUAGUUCCUGUAACUCCUGAGUGGAGCAUAGGGCCUCCUUUCGGAGGUUUCAUAGUCUUUAAAGCGUGCAUUUAAGAGUAGUGAGUGACUAGUCCACUGACUCUGCACAAUUUCUACUCACUCCUGAUUUGACUGCCAGAGCCAUCUGGCAGUGAAGCAAUGACAGUGGAAUGGCGUCUCGUUUAUUUUACAACACAGUCCAACAAGUACAAAGUGAAGGAUGAACACUUCUUUGAUGGUCUUGCCAUUUUUAAUCUCGUUCCCUCCGAAAUGCUCCUCCAUUACGAAUAUUUAGGUAAGCUGGUGUGGUAAAAAGAAAAAUAUAGAAGUGACAGGUGCUGGAUUAUUGUGUAUUGUGCUCUUUGUUGGGAUGCUGAUGACUUAAUAGUCGGUAGGCUGUCGUAGCCUUUUGUAUGCCACUGUGACUCAUUAGUAACGUGAAGAGACCGUCUUGAUUAAGUAUUAGAUGUUUACUGAAAAAUGAAAGCAACACCAUUUUCCAUGUUACAAGUUGAAGAAAUAGCAUCUACCAGCUUUUUAAAUAGAUUGUUUGUAGCUUUGAACAUAUGCUGCAAUAUAUCGAUUGCACAUACAUGUUUAAAAUCCUUUUGUUAUCUCUUUAUUCUGUACAUAUAAAUAUUUUAUUUGUGUAGUUCAAGCAGUAUGUCAUCCCCCGCAAAGAUAUUUUCAUUAUGUCUUCUAUAAAAUGGGUAGAAAACAUUCCAUAUAUGACACAUUCAUUGAGCAAGCAGUGAAAAUGCUUGUCACAACUUUCCAGAAGGAAGCUCUCGACACGUAAUGAAUAUAAUGUUGGGCAGAAUGCUAUGUGAUUGAUUCAACUAUGCAAUAAGACUCAUUCCCACCUCAGCUGUAAUUUAUAAGUAAAAGCACACAGUGAAUUGUUAUGGGGACUAUCAUAAAUUUAAAAGAUUCUUAACUUUAAUCAUAUUUUGGACUUGUGUUAUCUGAAGUGUUUAUAGUGUGUUGCAAUGAAAUUUUCAUAUGCUUGUUACUGUGGUAGAAAUAGAUCAGAGUAAACAUACACGGCAUUUCCUCUGCCUCGUUUUUAACAGCGCUACUUAGCUGUUGUGCUAGCAUCAAUAAACACUUCUCUUAACAUGUGGAAUCUUUUGUAAGUGUUUCCCCUGGCUUAAAGUCUUUGUGGUGAGUGUUGUGCCAGCUUAGGUAAUGAGCGUAGGUGGACCCUUGUUGCAGUCAGCAGCUUUCUAGUGUUUAUUUGAACCGAGAGUGCAAUCAAAACAUCGCCGCCUACCUCAUGGUGUUGGUGUCGUUGUGAGGGACCAAAGCCGCCUGCUGCUACCUGCUCUGUACAUUUUGUGUUAUGUGAUGUGGAGUUCUGUAGUGUAUUACACAUUUCAGCAAGAAUGGCUGUGGGACCACUCGGCAAAAGACAAUGUCAGGGUAGGAGGGAAAAGAACAAAUCAUGAACUGGAACAUUACUUACCAAGUUCCAAGGAAUAGUUAUUUUUACCACUCCAUUGUUUCAAAGGUAUUUACCAUGUUCUGAAAAGAAAAGAAAAUACGCAAUCUAGUACACAGGGAUCAAAUUUGAGUUUAUUACUCACCUGAAAGACAAACAAAUUACAUACAAUUUUAGGAACAAAUGGAAUCAGUAUUUUUAUUAUUGAUUUUCUUUGCUGGUUAUUUUCAUUGCUUGUAAUUAUCAGUUUACAAGUAAUGUACCAAUGCGGUUGACUAUAGAUAGAUAUAUAAUUAUAUCAUAUUAUUAAUGUAUAUAUUUAAAGAUGAUGAGAGAAUUGUUGAUAUUAUGAGUGUUAAUACAAUGAUUUGCAAGGAAUGCACUAUCAGUGGAGCAAGUGUGUUUGAAGAUGCCUUGUGCCAAGCCAACACAAGGCAAAAUAUUAUCCAUUUUCAAAUAUUUUCUCAUCUGGAAAUGGAUAAAUGUAGAACUUGAGGACUUAUAGUAUGGGGUUUCAAAACUAUUUUAAACAAGUCAAUGGAGUACAUCUAUGUUUUGUCAAUUAGGACUUUAAAACAAAAGAAAUAAUGAAAAUGCUAGGUCUAAACAUGUUUAUACAAUGUAAGAAUUCUAAUGACAGGUGUGCUCAAAUGAGAUAUGUUGGUGGUGGUUUUAAGUCUAACAGUGUCACAUGGCAAUUGUGCUCAUAUUACUUAUGGUUUGUGAUGUUUUUUGUCUUUCCAAAAACUGAAUGUCUAACCAUGGAUUACUGGCUGUGCAUUUAUUUAAAAUAAUGAUGUAGAAGUAUUUUUUGAAUAUGCAGAAUUUUAAUGAUAAUGCAAAGACUUCAACAUUGUAGUGAAUCAAAUGUUUGUUAAAGUUCACAGUAAGGGAAAUUUGCCUGGAUGGUUUGCCAAAUAUAGUUAGUCAUGCUCAUUGA